AUGUCCGACUUCUUGUUCUCUGGUCAGCCCCUGGAUCAUGAGCUCGUCGCGUCUAUCGCUUGUCUUCUCGACUUGGCGGACGUUCCUAGCCUUCUUUGGGGUAACUAUCUACAUACAAUCUAUGGGGUUCCUACUGUUGUCGACGUCUGUCACCGCCUGAACCUGAUCCUGCUCAAGGCUAGUUUUAUUCCUUGCACGCCAGAAUUCGAUUGCGGGCUUGCAGAUGAAAUCCUUGACCCUGUUCCCGCUGCACAUCUCCAUAUCAGAGCAGAUCUUUCAGUGGGGCUCUAUCCAAAGUCUACUGUGCUCUUGGAUUUCCCGAGCUUUGAUAUUCAUUCCUCAGGAGCUGGCAACGCGGACGUGAUACUAGCGUCAGAUCCUCGUCUUCCCUCUGACCGGAUAGGGCGCGGCCAAGGUUGUUUCUCCGAAUUGCUCUAUCCUGUUCGAAUCCUAACCCCCGUUCGAUACUGCGAGAGCAUUAUACUUCUGCUAUGUCGUGACCUAGGGGGAAACUAUCAUUGCUACUGGAAUGCGAUGCUGAUAUACGUGUGGGAAUACGUCGAGGAAACAGAUAUUUUCGAUGAGGAAAGUCUUGGUCAAUGUUAUAGGGACUGGUAUCAAGCGUUCAAAACCCCGGAUAUGAAGAUAUGGUCAAAGCUGAAUGAGAUCCGCAAAGACUUUGUAAAGCGACAGGUCCUUCCAGAUGUCGAUGUUGAUUUGUCCUGGGCUCCGGGUUGA